UCAGUUGUUGUUGUAUGACAAGCGGUCGAGUCGCAAUAAACGCUUCAUCUAGUUUUUUCGCGAAGAAAAAGGUAAAAAAACGCAAACUGUUAUUGAUUUUCCGACGCGUGCCCUGUUCUUUUCGACCCCACCGCGGAGGGAGCGGCGUACAUUCCAGUGGAAAAUGGUUUCGCAAAAGUCGCUCCGUGCGAACGCGGACAGUGAGAAGGAAAACAAAGCGAAUGCAAGCGUCUCCUCUGCCUCAUCGCCAAGCGGCGGUGACGGCGGCGGUAGCGGCAGAAGCUCCCGACAGGUGAAAGAAAAAGCCGCCGAUUCGUCGACGGGCGGUGGUGGCGAUGGCGUUUCCAGUGCAACCGGAUCACCGGACGGCAUUGGCGGUGAUGGCAUCAGAGAUGAGCUUGUUAUCGGUGAAGAGUACAUGGUACAGCGGCAAGACGGUUCGUGGCAUCUGGCGCAACUGAUUCAAUCCCGACAAAACCCGUGCGAUCCGAAGCAGCUCGAGUAUUACAUACACUACGAAGGAUUGAACCGACGACUGGACCAGUGGGUGACGCGUGAUCGAAUAUCGAGCGAUCCCAUGACGGCCGGCGGCAGUCCGACCGGUUCCGGUGAAGUAGGCGGUCCGGCAAAUUCCACCGGUGACGGUGGGACGGCACGCAAAAGUCCGCUUGCUUCGAGCAGCACAAACGCCAAAGAUCGCUGCAGCGGAGGGUUGAAGCCGGGUUCGAAAGAAACCGGCGGCAUGAUUCUUCUCGGGGGCGAUCCGAAUGCACUCGACGGAGGUGACUCGGAUCGCAAAAUUACGCGCAACCAGAAACGACGCCACGAUGAGAUCAAUCACGUGCAGAAAACGUACGCCGAUAUGGACCCAACGACAGCCGCCCUCGAGAAGGAACAUGAGGCGAUCACGAAGGUAAAGUACAUCGACAAGUUGCGCAUCGGGAAGUACGAGAUCGACACGUGGUAUUUUUCGCCCUACCCGGAAGAGUACGGCAAGGUGGGCACGAUGUACGUAUGCGAGUUCUGUCUGCGUUACAUGCGCCUACCACAGACACUGAAGGCUCACAAAACAACCUGUACGCGCCGGCAACCACCUGGUAACGAGAUCUACCGCAAGGGUACACUGUCAAUCUUUGAAAUCGACGGCAAGGAUCAUCGCUUCUACUGCCAGACGCUCUGUCUGAUGGCGAAGCUGUUUCUCGACCACAAAACGCUGUACUACGACGUCGACCCGUUCUACUUCUACGUGCUGUGCGAGAUCGAUCGCGAAGGUCAGCACAUCGUGGGGUACUUUUCGAAGGAAAAAGAAUCACCGGAAGGAAACAACGUAGCGUGCAUUUUGAUUCUGCCACCCUAUCAACGUAAAGGCUAUGGUAAACUGCUGAUCGCGUUCAGCUACGAGCUGUCGCGGCGCGAAGGUAUCAUCGGUAGCCCGGAGAAACCGCUUUCCGAUCUCGGCAAGCUGAGCUACCGGAGCUACUGGGCGUACACGCUGCUCGAGCUGAUCAAAGACUACCGCACGACCACGAUCAAGGAGCUAAGCGAAUUGUCAGGCAUUACGCAAGAGGACAUUAUUUACACGCUGCAGUCCAUGAACAUGGUCAAGUACUGGAAGGGCCAACAUGUUAUCUGCGUCACGGUGAAGCUCAUCCAGGAGCACCUGCAGAUGCCCCAGUUCAAGAAACCGAAGCUGAUGGUCGAUCCUGCCUACCUCAAGUGGACACCCCAGAAGCGCAACAAUCCCGUGAAACAGAUCAAGAAGAAUUAAACUGAUGGAACUGUAUGUGUGCAUGGUUGGCUUGGCGCUGCCCUUAAUUAUUACCUUAGGAUGAUAUUGCUUUAAACUUCAAGCAAAAUGAAUGGCGAUAAAAAGAACCAUAUGGUGAUGAGUCGAUUAAUGAAGAAUCGACGAAAACAAAAUUGACUACGAAAUU